AUGUUCUGGUCAAAGCAUUGUGAAGCCGAGGAAUACAUAAAUGCUGACUACUGCGUUCCGUCCCUGGACAAAUGCUCUGCUCAGUUUACCUUCGAUUCUAACAUCGGCCAGAAGCAUACUUCAUUACCUAUUCUGCCGACGACUUCAUCUUCAUGGCAUACAGGAGAGUUUUUAGCUGUGAAGUGCUGUGUGAAUUUGCGACUGGAGGUCAUAAGUCGAACUGAGGCGUUUGAAGAUUUAUGCACCUUGGUGGAACACUUCCGCAGAUCCUUUGGUUCCGUACUGCAAGGGAAGCUUCGUGAAUUGCAUUAUUCGAACCCCAACUACAUGAGCAAAAUAUUGCUUGAUUCCCAUCUGAAGGACCGAAAACCUGUUGCUGUUAACCACAAUUCUGUGUACGUAUUUAAACAAUGUUCUCUUGGAACCGGGUAUAACGAUUCCGUUUUGAGGGCAGCUAACCUAGUGUACAGUUCACUUCGCUUUUUGGAAUCUCUGCGGCGUAAUAAAUUGAGACCUGACAUUCAUCACACCAUUCCAACCAUUACCAACUCCGGCAAUUUUGAGCACCUCAUUAGCAUUCUGCCGUCGUUUCUAGCUACACAGGGAGCCCACUUGUUCAAGGCAUUCCCCCUGGACAUGAGUCACUAUAAAUGCAUGUUUCAUUCAACUCGAAUCCCGGAUUUCGGUAUUGACCGACUGGAGACCUACCCCGAAGCUCGCCAUGUUGUUGUCCUCAGCCGAGGCGAGUUCUACACUUUCGACGCUUUUGAUGAUCAGAACAAAAUGGUGUCAGCGGAGCAGCUGGUCUCCAAUUUCGCAUUCAUACGAAAUCGGCCACGAGGCAGCACAGAGAAACCCAGCGUGGGUCUCCUUACGACGAUGAAUAGGAACUGCGCGGCACUUGCUCGACAGCGUCUUAGACAGGUUGAUGGCGACACUGAGGGUAUCAACACGCGAAAUCUUGCAUUGAUCGACGCGGCAAUCAUGGUACUCAUUAUGUGCGAUGCCUUCUCGGAAUACCUCCCACAACUAGUAUCCACAACUCUGGCUGGUCCGGGUGGCUCACGGUGGUUCGACAAGUCCUUCAGCCUUCUGGUCGAUCGGAGUGGUACGGCAGCACUCAACUUCGAUUGCGGUUGGACUGACGCCUCCACCGCUCUUCGCUUCGCGGAGAGCAUUUUCAGGGACUCUGAGACCCGCCCCUCCGCUGAUCCCUGGCUCCUCGAUUCUCCUCACAGGUUUCACGUCAUGAUUUUCGCCGCCAAGACACCUGGUUCACCGCCCAUCAAACGUUACAUCACUAAUAAACUGUUGGAACGUGCUCAAGGGCCGGAUGGAUGUCCGAAGCGCACUUGUGCGGUGUCUUUGGCCGUCACCGGGGUCGAACAAACUGAGAUCGGGGUCAGACGCAAGCGUGACCAGGAGUCUGAUAUGCUGCCCGGGGCGAUGGUGCGUCGCUUGGAAUGGCAUCUGGAUGAGGCCUUCUACGAAAAAGUGUUGCUGCCGCAACGCGACGCCUACGACGCGCUUCGCGACUCUCUGCAGGUGGACUGUCUAGCUGAGAUGGGCGAUCGGACGCUGACGCGACGUCUCUGCGUCCGUGCCGGCGUCUGUGCAGAUGCCAUGAUGCAACUCGCCUUUCUGAUGGCCCACGAGAAAGUGCAUGGUGAAGCAGGACUGAACGGUGGUAGCACUGAAUCUCACAGCACACGCACCUUUCGAGGGGGCUACACGACCUUACUUCGUCCCUUCACCAUAGAAAUGCGCGAAUUCCUCCGCCUGUUCCGGCUCGGUGACAUUGUCGGCUACCUCGACGAGGACGAUCUUCUCGACGCUCUCCAUUGCUGUUCCCGCGCCCAUCAGAAACUCCUUCGAGAGGCCGCUGUUGCUCAAGCCACACCUUCACAAGACGGGCCCGACUUGGAGAUGGAAUCUGUAACUUACCCCUAG